UAGAAGAAGAAGCUCGGCUCGGGUUUGCGGAAGUCAUCCGGCUGCGAGCUAAAGCCUAAAAAACAAAAGAGAAGUUAAAGAGCUGAGGUGGAGCCGCGGCGGCGUCCCGGGGGGAGACGACAUGGCGUUCAUCACAGCCAACUGGAACCCGCUGGGAGAGGCUUUCUACCGGAAAACAGAGUUGUAUGAGAUGUGCUGGAACCUGCGGGACGGGCUCAGAGACUGUCUGGUGGCUGCUGCUCCCUACGGAGGACCUAUAGCUCUCCUCAGGGAGCCUCACAGACGCUCUCCCAGUUCUCGUCCUCAGUUGGAGAUUUACUCGGCAUCUGGAAACAGCUUAGCCAGUUUCCCGUGGAAGAGCGGUCCAGUGGUCCAGUUGGGAUGGACGGUGAAUGACGAGCUGCUGUGUAUUCAGGAAGACGGGACGGUUCUCAUCUACGAUCUGUUUGGGUCCUUCAAGAGACACUUCAGCAUGGGACAGGAAGUAGUACAGAGUCAGGUGUUGGAGGCCAAAGUCUUCCACUCACCCUAUGGAACCGGGGUUGCCAUAGUAACAGGCUCCUCCCGCUUCACCUUGGCGACCAACAUUGACGAUCUGAAGCUGAGGAGAUUACCUGAAGUCCCAGGCCUGCAGGGGGCGCCGUCCUGCUGGGCCGUCCUGACUCAGGACAGACAGACCAAGGUCCUGCUGGCCAACGGAGCCGACCUCUUCAUCCUGGAUAACACCUCCUGUACCGCUGUGAGUCCUCCUGGCCUCAGUCCUCAGGUCAGCAGUAUCGUCCACAUGUCCGUGUCCUUCAGUUAUAAGUACCUGGCUCUGUUCACUGAUACUGGACACCUGUGGACAGGCUCCGCCCACCUGCAGGAUAAACUGAGUGAGGUCGACACCAAAAUCAGGAACCCUCCCAAACAGAUGGUCUGGUGUCGCAGGCCGAAGAGCCAGCAGCCGUCUGUGGUGUUGAUGUGGGACCGGCUCCUCCUGGUGGCCGGAGUCUGUAACGACAUCAUCCAGUUCCCGGUGGAGGAGCAGUGUGUGUGUGUUGGCGAGCUGGACGGCGUGCGGGUGGUGAGCUCGUCCCGGCAGGAGCUCCUGCAGGAGGUUCCUCUGGUCUGCCAGGAGAUCUUCAAGAUCGCCUCCAUGGCCCCCGGAGCCCUGCUGCUGGAGGCCCACCGCGAGUACGAGAAGUGUAGUCAGAAAGCAGAUGAGUACCUGAGGGAAAUCAAGGAGCAAAGCAUGCUGGGAGAAGCUGUGAGACAGUGUGUGGAAGCGGCUGGCCAUGAGUACGACAUACAAACACAGAAGACCCUGCUGAGGGCGGCGUCGUUUGGAAAGUGUUUCCUGACCGACUUCAGUCCUGAUUCGUUUGUGGCGACCUGCAGAGAGCUGAGGGUCCUGAACGCCGUGAGGGAGGCCGGGGUCGGCCUGCCACUCACACACAGCCAAUUCAAACAGAUGACGGUGCAGGUGCUGAUCGACAGGUUGGUGUACAGGCAGUUCUAUCCUCUGGCGAUAGAGAUCUGUCGUUACCUGAAGACUCCAGACUAUCAGGGUGUGAGCCGCGUCCUCAAGCACUGGGCCUCCUGCAAGGUGCAGCAGAAGGACCUAUCAGACGAGGCGAUCGCCCGAGCCGUGUGUCUGAAGGUGGGAGACUCGGCCGGCGUCUCGUACUCACACAUCGCCGCCAAGGCGUACGAGUGUGGACGCACCGAGCUCGCCAUCAAGCUGUUGGACUAUGAGGCUCGCUCAGGAGAGCAGGUUCCUCUGCUGCUGAAGAUGAAGAGGAGUCAGCUCGCUCUGAGCAAGGCAGUGGAGAGCGGAGACACCGACCUGGUGUACACUGUGGUCACUUAUCUGAAGAAUGAGAUGAACAGAGGAGAUUUCUUCAUGACUCUGAGGAACCAGCCGGUCGCCCUCAGCCUCUACAGACAGUUCUGUAAGCUGCAGGAGCAGGACACCCUGAAGGAUCUGUACAAUCAGGACGACGACCACCAGGAGCUCGCCAACUACUACGUCACCGCCAGCUACAGGGAGAAGAGGCUGGAGAGCCGUCUGUCUGUCCUGCAGAGCGCUGUGGACGAGUACAACAAGGCCAAGAACGAGUUUGCAGCCAAGGCCACAGAGGACGAGAUGCGGCUUCUUCGCUUCCAGAGGAAAUUAGACGACGAGAAAGGGGCGGGGCUACUGGGUCUGUCUCUACAGGCGACCAUGGAGGCUCUGCUGGCUCUGGGUCUGCACAAACAGGCCGAGCAGCUCUACAGGGACUUCAGAGUGCCAGACAAGAGGUAUUGGUGGUUGAAGUUGAAGUCUCUGGCGGAGAAGGAGGAGUGGGAGGAGCUAGAGAAGUUCUCCAAGAGCAAGAAGUCUCCUAUUGGCUACCUGCCGUUUGUUGAAGUUUGCAUGAAGAGACACAACAAACACGAAGCCAAGAAAUACGUGUCCAAAGUCCCACCUGAGCAGAAGGUCAAGGCCCACCUGGCCGUGGGGGACCUGGAGGGUGCGGCCGAUGCGGCGAUCGAGAGGCGGAGCGAGGCAGAGAUGGGGCGGUGCUUGCUCGUUGCUCCGCCUCCGACCGGCUGCUGAUUGACAAGCUGAACCGAGCCCGAGCCACCGCCACCAAAAAGUGAUCCUGCACGCCCGCUGGGGGUCACAUCCUGCUGCCGGAAAGUGACCCGGCACUCCCUCCUCACUACACAGUCGUUACCGUGGCAACCUGUAAACGGCGGCGUGCUCGACCAAUCAGAUCGCUGUACUUUCUCAGCAGAGGUUUCUUCUUCAUGUGCUUUAACAGUGUAUUUAAGUGUCUGAUCGUUAAUCCUAACUUCCUGUCUCUGAUCAGCUGAUCAGGUUAUUGAUCUGUGACAAUAAAACAUGACGUCAUAUUGA